CUACUUACCUAUGUGAUGGACACAGCAAAACUGAUUGCAGCCAGCUACAGGUGGGUGGGGGAGCUUGCUGACUUCAGGUUCAGUACAAAAUACGGACGAGGAAAAGUCAGUGCAGAUGCUGACACCCUUUCACUUCUCCCACUUGAUAUCAACAUGGAGGAAUGCACUGAGGAACUCAACAGGGAUGCCGUCCAUACUGUGUGGGAAGGAAGUGAAGCUGCCAAAAAGCAUGAUGUUUCCUACGUUGGUUCUCUUAACCUAGUCCAAGAUUCAGGCUCAACGGCUCACAGAGAGACGUCAGAAGACUGUCAGAGUUGUCUGGAGUGUUCGCGGGACAACGGCUGCGUACGCUGCCCAGAGCGACUCUUCCUGUUUCUCCAGAGGAAAGGGAUGUCUCAUCAUGGGACGUGUCUCCAUUCCUGUCCAAAUGGACACUUUGGACAGAGAGGGAGGGACGUGAACCGCUGCAUGAAAUGCCGCUCGUCAGACUGCGAGCUUUGUUUCAGUCGGGACUUCUGCACCAAGUGUAAGCCUGGCUUCAAGCUGCACAAAGGCAAAUGUUUGAUCCAGUGCCCAGAGGGAACCUUCGCUCACCAGACAGACUGCCUCGAGGUCUGUCCCCUGCCUCCGCUGGGAGAGUGGAGCGAGUGGAGCGAGUGGAGCGUCUGCGUCCGUGACGGCGCCACCUGUGGUUUCAGAUGGGGAAAGCAGACCCGGGUCCGGGAGUACAGCCAGAGCGGGAAAGCGACUGAAAAAGCGUCGGUCUGUUCGCCCCAACGCGAAACACAAAGGUGCAGGAUGAAGAAAAAAUGUCCCACAGAAAAAAGACGGAAUAAAAAAGCAGGACUUGGCAGAAAGAGGGAGAGAAAACGACUGCGGCUCCUCGCCAGCGUCUCGGCUAACGCAACAACAGACACCAUCAGCGGCGGCGCCUGAACCGUUUCCAGCUCCAUGUUGGCCCGCAGAACCAGAACCACGGAGGACAAAAAUAACCUGAACCGACUGUUCAGUUUAUCCCCAUGAUGUGUGAAUAAAAUGUGUUUUCCAAACAUUAAAUCAAAGUAGGAUUUGAAAAGUCACUUUCUACUCGAGCUGCACUGAUCUGAAUUUACCUCUGAUUCGCUUUUUAAGUCAAUUAAUCAAAUUCCAUCGUUGUCAACUUUAUUGCAAUCAUCAUUCAACUAAAAAACCCAACCUGGGUUAGAUUACAUGAAAAAUAAAUAUUUGGAUAAAAGUGUUUAACUGAAUUAUUAUCCACUUGAUUUGGGAAAAAUGGUCAAGUGGCAAAUCUCAGGUUGUGAUUAUAUUAUUGCUUUGGGUGCUAAAAUGGCCUAGUCAAAGUCCAAAUUUCAACCUUAUUUUCAGUCUUAUUUGAAGACAAAAGUAAAACUGAAAAUAAGAAUAAUAAAAAAUAAAAAAAAUCGAAGUUAGCGCCUUAUAUUUAUCACUGAAGCCAGAUUGGAGAUUAGAUUCAGCCUGAGAAAUGAUGCGUUUAAAGCAGUCGGAAAACUGGAACGCGGAUCUGGGAAUAACAGAGAUUACUGUCAUGAAGUUAACAAGAUUUACUGACGAAUAGCGUUCCCCCCCCACCCCCAGAGCAGCCAUGUUGGAUGUUUUAGGAAUGAAACUUAAAACUUCAGGAGGUUUCUCAGACGUUUUUAUCUAACUUUGAACUUGUAAAUAUAAAAAUAUAUUGGAGAAAAAAUGGGCAAAAGUGCAAAUAGUCUCUUUUUUGGGCAUAGAAAAAUUUAAAUUGAAUAAUUUUUAUGAGUUUAAAAUGGACCAAAAAUAUUUCCUGCUGCACUAUUUCCCACAAAUCCACCAGUAAGCCAGUAAAAUAUCUGCAGGACUCCAGUUGGAUUAUCUUCAAAGGUUUUUAUUUUGUAGUUUUGGUUUAUUUACUCUAAAUUUGGCCAAACAUGAAAGAAAGGAGUUUUUCUGGUGCAUCUUAAUGGCUGAUAAUAAUAAACACUGCAUGUUUAGUCCAAACUAUCUCGCAGUUUAUUCGUUUGUCAGUUUGUGUGUAAUAUAAUUGAGCUGUAUACAUGAUGUAAUAUUUUGACCCAGGAUGAUUUAUCUGAUAUUGCACAAGUAAAGCUUGCAUGACAAC